AUGAUUGUUUCACCUUGGGAUAUGUAACAGUAGCCUACAAAUGGGGAACUGCUUAUUUGCAUAAAGAUAAAGAACGGACCAAUGGCGUUAAACUUGUCUACCUGAGCAAAUCCUAGACAACUUCUAGCAACAGACGAGUUGCCUUAGAGCGGAAAGUCUUACAUAUAGCCUACAGGAUAUUUGCGGACUAUGGUUUAAGUGUAGGCUACACUAGAUGUUUCAUCAUGGCUUGUGGUGGCUUUGUUUGUUCCAAAACUUCGCUUUGUAUCUUGAACCUUAUUUAUGUGAUGGUCAGUCUUCUGAUGAUCGGUGUUUCAGCAUGGGGCAAAUGGUUUGGACUGGUCUCUAGUUUUAGGGUAAUGGCAGCUGUCAUCGCUGUUGGCUUGUUUCUGUUCGUCGUGGCCAUUAUGGGAUUGUGUGGAGCUGUGAAGCAUCAUCAAGUUCUCUUGUUCUUUUACAUGCUCAUUCUCUUAAUGGUAUUCAUCGUGCAGUUUUCAGUGUCGUGUGCAUGCUUGGCGAUUAAUAAAGAACAGCAGAACCUUCUCCUGGAGAUAGGAUGGAAUAAGUCGGAAUCAAUGCAGGAGGAUUUGGAAAGAUCGCUGGAUUGCUGCGACUUCCUUCAAGUGAACUACAAUGAGAGCUGUGUCGCUACCUGUUUCAAGAAUCAAACAUGUCAACCAUGUUCAGUUAUAAUCCAGGCCUAUGCUGAUGACGCUCUACAGUUUGUUGGAGGAGUCAGUCUGUUUUUCAGUUUUACAGAGAUUCUGGGUGUCUGGCUAGCAUAUAGAUACAGGAAUCAGAAAGAUCACCGGCAAAAUCCUGGAGCUUUCAUUUAAUAAAGCAUUUCGGUCGGACAAACAUAUUCAAGACUUUCAGCUAUACUGAAUUUUUGUUCUUGACUGGACUUUUUUAAUGAAUCUUUUUUUUAUUUAUGAUCUGUAGUUCCUCUUGAUAACACACUCCAUUUGUUAAUUUUUUGGAUACAAUAGCAAAUUAAAUGCUCUGUUAACUUUAAAAAUAUUUAUUUGUAGAACAGCCAUUAUGAUUUGCAUCUUGGUGGAGUUCAAAUAUUUCUUAACACUGAUUAUGCAAGUAGGUUAACUGGGCUUGAACUUUGGUCCCAAUUGAACAACACUUACAAUGAUAAAGAGCUGCUAAGUUAAAAUGAAAAAUUAAAGACAUGAAAAUGCAUCUUUCAUUUCUGAUUACAAAUCAAACUAGAAAACAUUUCCUACUUCUUAAAUCAAACAAUAUGGUCAUUGCAUUAAGCUCAGUAAUAAGCUUGCACUUGAAACUAAAACUUAAACUACACCCAACCCACUUCCACAUCAUUCUGAUCAGGAUAUGACCAGGAACCGCUACAUCAUAUAUUUGCAUUCCACAUAUUAGCCAAUGGUGUGGCUCUCCCAGAGGUUGUCCAGACGGUUGCAGAUGCAUUCACUGUGAUGUUCCAGUUCUGCCCUCUGCUGACUGCAGUGAAAACAUACCAAACAUACUCACCUGCACAUUUACUUGGAUUUGCAUCACAAUAAAUUUGAGUUGACAUGGGA